AUGGCGUCAAAUAACCCAGAAGCUCUUCAAGAUGAUGAGUUGAUUCCUGAAUCCGUUGAAGGAUACCAUGUUGGAGAAAAAAAGACCAUCGAAGAAUAUACGAAGUUAGAUGCUGAAGAUGAAAGUUUAGCUAAAUGGAAGGCUUCGCUUGGAUUAUCAGAUAAUAGUAAUGCUUAUCCAGUCAAAGCUGGUGACAAGCGUAAAGUUGUUAUCGUUGAAAUGUCAUUGCAGUUCCCAAAUCAACCAGAGUUACAACCUAUUGUAAUUGAUUUGGAAGAUGCACAAGGUAACACGAUAGCCGGUAAAGAAAUCAAGUUCAGUAUUAAGGAAAAAUCGGUUUACCAGUUCGUUAUUAAAUUCCGUGUGCAGCAUGAAAUUAUUACUGGCUUAAAGUACUUACACCUGAUUAAGAAAACAGGUAUCAGGGUUGAUAAAUUAGAGGAACCAUUAGGAUCGUAUGCACCAAAUACUAAAGAAAAGCCAUAUUAUGAGAAGGUAUUCAGUGAGGUGGAGGCACCUUCAGGUAUGUUGGCAAGAGGUAGCUAUUCUGCUAUUACCAAGUUUGUUGAUGACGAUAAAAAUGUUCAUUUGUCAUUCCCGUGGAGUUUCCAAAUUACGAAGUGA